AGUCAGCUUGGGUUUUUGUUGCAUUCUACAUUUUUUUUUCAACAGUUUGCAAAUAGUAAUUUAUAUUAUAAGAAAAUUUUAUAAAUAUUAAUAAUUAUAACAUAGAAUAAUACGAAAAAAUGUCAUCUGCAAUAUAUUUGGAAAAUUACCUAGAUGGAUUAGAGUCCUUACCCACUGAGUUAGAAAGGAAUUUUAAACUUAUGCGCAAAUUGGACGACAGAGCACAAACUGCCAUGAAAAGUAUUGAUAGUCAUGCUAAGGAGUUUAUGCGUAAAUUAGCCGAUAAUAGUAUUACCAUGACAGAUGAGGAGAGACGAGAACGUUUAACCGAUAUACAACAGUUGUUUGGCAAAGCCAAGGAAUACAGUGAUGAUAAGGUACAAUUAGCCAUACAAACUUAUGAACUGGUGGACAAACAAAUUAGACGCUUAGAUAAUGAUCUAGCCCGUUUCGAGGGUGAAAUACAGGAGAAGGCGUCGUCGACUAGAGGUAAAUCAGAGGAAGCACAAGUUAAAAAGGGACGUAAGAAAACGAAGGAUUCUGGCAAGGCUACGGGUAAAAAGAAACGUAACACAUCCUCAGAUGAUGAGGCCAAUAAUAGUGCUGUAGCUGCGGCAACCGCUGCUGGCGGUCAAGGUGGUAAAAAGAAAAAGCAGAAGGUAAAUCAAGAAAAAGAAACUCGCAAGGGGGGUCAAAAGCAGAAAAAUGUCGAUUUAGACGAUUCGGAAAAAGAAUCAUGUCUUACUUCAGCCACACAUCCCAGUGAUGUCUUAGAUAUGCCAGUCGAUCCUAAUGAACCUACUUACUGUUUAUGUCAUCAAGUUUCAUAUGGUGAAAUGAUAGGAUGUGAUAAUCCUGAUUGUCCCAUAGAAUGGUUUCAUUUUGCUUGUGUUGGCCUUACUACCAAACCCAAAGGCAAAUGGUUUUGCCCAAAAUGUACACAAGAUCGAAAGAAGAAGUAACUUGUGUAACUUGUUUAUGUUUUAUAUUUAUUUUAUAGUUGAAUAUAUAUAUUUUUUCUAUAGCAUGUAAGUUUAAUUAUAAAUACUGUUUUUCUAAAAAUAUACUUUAGUUAUAUAGCAAGAAAGAAACGAAUUUUUAUUA